UAUUCCCUACAAAUUGGUUGAACAAAGAUGAACAAGCUUUGAAUCAACAGGAAUGAACUCCGCAUCUUUCUAGUUUAAAAGAUAAAACAUGCUCUGUGCCCAUUUGUUUCAAUCCCCUGUUAAUGCCAAUUUCAAUCUACCAUGACAACAACCGUCACGCACUCUCCAGAUUAUCGCCCCGAAAUUUCAGUAAUCCCGCCCACCCGCGACGGCCUGUCCUUCUGGCAGUUCAUGAUCGCCGGAUCAAUUUCAGGGUCUGUCGAGCACAUGGCCAUGUUUCCAGUGGACACACUCAAGACCCGAAUCCAAGCCCUUGCCGGAUCAUCCACCCUCCGACAAGCACUCGCUUCGAUUCUCAAAUCGGAAGGUCCAGCCGGGCUCUACCGUGGAAUCGGAGCAAUGGGUCUCGGAGCAGGACCUGCACACGCCGUAUACUUCUCUGUAUACGAAUUCUGCAAACAAAGAUUUUCAAUUGGGAAUCCCAACAACCCAUUAGCCCACGCCAUUUCUGGAGUCUGUGCAACUGUGGCGAGCGACGCCGCGUUGACGCCGAUGGAUGUGGUGAAACAGAGGCUGCAAUUGAAGAGCAGUCCUUAUAAGGGAGUGAGGGACUGUGCGAGGAGGAUUUUGGUUGAGGAAGGAAUUGGGGCGUUCUAUGCUUCUUAUUGGACUACUGUUUUGAUGAAUGCCCCGUACACGGCUGCCCAUUUUUCCAUUUAUGAAGCAGUGAAAAGGGGUUUGAAGGAGGGCUCGCCGGGAAGCGAUGGCGGGGAGGGGUUGGUUGUUCAUGCUACGGCUGGUGCGGCUGCUGGGUCUCUUGCUGCUGGUCUUACAACGCCAUUAGACGUAGUGAAAACUCGGCUGCAGUGCCAGGGAGUGUGUGGGUGCGACAGAUUUUCAAGCAGUUCAAUAAGAUCUGUGGUUAGGCAUGUGGUGGAGAAGGAUGGGAAGAGCGGGUUGAUGAGAGGGUGGAUUCCAAGGAUGCUGUUCCAUGCGCCUGCUGCUGCCAUUGCCUGGUCCACUUAUGAAGCCUCAAAGACAUUGUUCCAACACCUCCACAAUCACAACAAUUAGAAGGUGCAUGCAACCAUUUAAACCACUUCACUCAUUAGGAGCACUGAAGAAAGAGGUUACUACAACUUACACUCAAUACUAUCUUUUGAAUUCCAUGUUAUCCUUUAGAAAAUAAAAUUAUAGAUAUGAGAGUGAAGGGUUUAGAUUGAGAAAUGACGAAUGUUUGGAGUAAUGGAGUCUCAGUUUACACUAAUGUCGAACACAACUCUUUGCAGUAAACAGAUUACAAGAUACUUUGUAGAAAUUACAUUAACUUACUCAAAAAUGUAAUACAUUAUGAAAAAGAACGUCAACUGGUUUGGGUA